CCUCAACUCCACACCAUCUUCUCGCCGUCAACCCAAACCUGGCAAUUCAUCCUUGCCGAUCCAUCCUCAAAGCACGCCGUGAUCAUCGAUCCCGUCCUAGACAACUCUAUCACCUCAAAAGCCAUAUCGACGGCAGCCGCCGACGCCUUACUCGCCAUCAUUCUAAAGAAUGACUACAUCAUCGACCGCAUCCUCGAGACGAACUCCUCCGCCGACUGGCCCAGCGCAGCCAGGUAUCUGCGGACACAGAUCUGGGAGAAGAAAGGUUACAAACCUCGAGUGGCGGCGAAGAAGAGCUUGAAUAUCCUAAAGCGGAUGCAUUUUCGGAAAUACUGCUUGACGAAUCGACAAUGGGAAAAAGACUUUGACGGAGCGUUUGCGGAUGGAGAGAAGUUUCUGGUUGGUUCGCUGACGGUUCGCGUUAUGCGUCUGUCUGGCCGCUCGAAGUGUCAUGUUGGGUAUAGAGUGGGUGAUUUACUGAUCACGGGAGAUUGUGUCUUUCAUGCGGAGCAGGCGGGCGUGUCAAAGUCGGACUAUGAAUCGAUACAGGCAUCGAUGAGGAGAGUCUUGAGUUUGCCGAAGGGGAUCGUGUAUACG